GCCAAUGCUGACAAGGAUGAAGCUGACCACAGUGGCACGACUCCACUGUUGACGGCCUCCGCGAACAACCACUUGGAAGUUUGUCGGCUGCUGCUCCAGGAUAAGGCUGAUAAAGAGAAGGCUGCGCACGAUGGUGCAACUCCGCUGUUCAUGGCCUGCCAGGAAGGUCACCGGGAAGUUGUUCAACUGUUGCUGGAGGCCAAGGCUGACAGAGAAAAGGCCCUCGAUGAUGGCAGGACUCCAAUGUCAGUUGCGUCGCAGCAAAACUACGCAGAAGUCUUGCAGAU